AUGAUUGCACUGGAGGACCGAGAAGCACCGAAGGAGAUGCGGGAUUCGCUGCGAGAGAGUGGAAAGUGGAAAGUGGAGGGAAGCUUUGUCUCCGCUCAGAAGGGAAGCUCGAUGCUAUGCGCCAUGCGGGGGGGUCUCAUCCGGGGCAUUUUGCCUACUUCCAGCUGUCUAUACUGGUCUACACCUGCAUUUACAAGAGAUAUUCUAGCUGAUUUGAGGAAAUUUUCUGUCCUCUCCCAUGACGGUUUACAUUUGGAGUUGUUAGUCAGUGAUCCAUCUCGGUCCACUCGCGGUGUGUCUGGUUAUGUAAUUACUCAGAUUACGGCUUCCGGUAUUUCUGACCACUCACGGUGCAAGAAUCAAUACUUCUCGGUAUUUCUGACCAAUUAA